AUGUGGCCGUUCGGCUCGAGCGCGGACAAAUUCGUCGGGGAUGAGUUCGAGGACAUCCCGUCGCCGUUCUGGGAGACCGACGUCGUCGCCAUGGGCGAGCGGGAGAAGCGAGAGCCGAAUUACUACGAAGGCUUGCAACCGCUCUGGCCCAAGCUCGGGCAGCUCAUGGUGAUGGCGUUUGCGGUGAAGGGUGUUGUGCAUAAGCUCGAGACGCACCAAGGGAAGAAGAUACCGGGGACGACUCAGCCGAACAUUUCGGUGGAUGACUUGCGAAAGAUCGUCGACGACGCGCUCGAGUACGCGAAGGUGAGCGCGAAGGACGUGCAUCUGUCGAGGACGGGGGUUCCGUCGCCUACGAAGGAGCACCCGGGAUACUCGCCAAUCGUUCACCGAACAUUGAUGAGCAAACCUUUCACGGUGAUCGUCGACAGUGUGGUGAAGUUCACCGUGGAUGAUGUUUUAGAGAUAUUGAAGUACCGGAAACGCGUGCAGUCGAACUGCGAGAAGAGAGAAAAUAUUAUAAAAGAGGUGCGCUACUGGCGUGUCGGGAAGCCUCCGAGGAUCAUUCGAGACGAGGUGAUGCGCGAGGAGGCUCGUAAGGUGGCCGAGGCCAAGAGAUUGGGCAAUCCUAUUCCUAAGACCAUCUUCGGCACCGAUGAGGAGUUCGACUACCUGAAGUCUGUUGAGAAUGAUAAACGACAACAGAUGAAAGUUACGCUCGAGGAGAAUCCGUCUGGGGCGGUAAACUUGACGUGGCCCGAAGAGCACGAGACUUGGUACAAUCAAAUGCUUCAUCACUCACUCUCUGAAUUUGAAAAGACUUUGCUCGCCAUGGAGGUUAACGUGAACAUGGGUCUGAAUUACGGUAGAGAUGGGAAAAUACUCCGGAAGGGACGUGUUCGGUUUCGUUGUUGCUGA